GCCUUUAUGAUGGUAAACUAAUGCUCAUAUGAGGAGUGACAACUCACGCUUUUGUUCUUUAAUUCCGCAUGAAUAAGAUAGCGUAAAAUGGUGCAAUGUGAAACCCACUAAAUUUCUCACAAGCUGUCCUAAUUCCUUCUAUAAGUCUCAGGUGUAUUUUUUAUGUUGUGGCUUGUGGAUUCUCUGGUAACUUUUAAGUAAAAACGAUACUAGUUGAAUUAUAAACUUCUGAUUUAAACCUAAUGUCACGUUAUGUUAUCGUGAACAGUUGUGUGGAAUUGUCAUUACACAUGCAUAUAAACUAAUAAUAAUAGCAGUGAGUGAGACUAUCCUUUGCUGGUCCCCAGCUUUCUCACCAGCACAAUUAAUUUCUUAAAGAACUUUGUUUGGUUAUGUAUAGUGUAAUCUUUAAAGCUGUCCGACUGUAGUAUUCAUGCUAGCAAGUUAGAUAUUAAUUAACUGUUUAUGGAAGUGAACCAUUAGAGCUUCAAGUGCUUGCUGAUUGCAUUAUGUCAAGGCAGGAGCAAAUCAGCAGCUAUAAGGCAAUUUUUUUUCUGUGCUGUGUCAAUGUUGAUAAGCUUAUGUUGGUUAUUUGUGUCAGUGCACCGCUUUGAUCAUUACCGAGAGUGGACUAGUAAUAAUAACCAGUUGAGGUGCUCUAUCUUAGUAUCUGAUUCCUUUUACUUGUUGUCUCUCCCCUGUAAUGGAGCUUACAUGUACAUGAAGACCAGUAAAAAGGAUGAAAGCAUAACUGAGGAAGAAGGGGCAAAAGAUGUGCCCUCAAUUCCAGUUUCAGCUACAGCUGCAGCAACUGCUGUGAUCACUGAAAACCCCGUUGCAGAGUUUGUGAAGUUACGUGAACCAAUUCCUAUGGAUCAGCAACGAGAACUUUUCAAGUGGAUUUUGGAAGAGAAAAGGAAGGUCAAACCAAAGGAUCCUGAAGAAAAGAAGCGUAUUGAUGAAGAGAAAGCCAUUCUCAAACAAUUUAUUCGUGCAAAAUCUAUUCCAAGUAUUUAGCUAACUGAUUACCUGCUUAUUAAACAUUACUGUGAUAAAAUAGUUUGGAUUUUACUUUUGAAAUAUCAGAUUUACUUUCUCAUUGCAAUUCAA